GUAAAGCUGAGGAUGUGGGCUGGUGCUGGGCUAAAGGGAGAGGAGGUCGCUGCAUGCUUCUAGGGUUCGGGGCACUGAGCCAGGCCUACCCAGCCCUGCCGCAGGUGGGAAGUUAGGGAGUGCGAGCUCUGGGCUGAGUCUUUUUUUAACCCCCGGGUUGUUUUUCGGAAGAGGAAGAGUUACUGGUGUUUCAUAGCCCAGGUGUGGAGCUUGGCAAGGCCAAGCUGGGACUUCAUGAACUGUAAGCAGCCUUCCCCUGGGCCCCUUCCCCCUCUUGGAGGAAGCCUGGGGCCCUGGGUAGCUGGGGGCUCUGCUCCUGGGAAGCCUGGAGCAGAUGUCUGGGAGGGGCCUGUUCCAGGCCUGCCUGUGCUGCCCAGUCUUGGGACUUCCUCUUACGGGAGCACCUGCCUAGGAGGGGUGGUGGUACAGUGGUUUUGUGAACGUCCUAGUGAGUAGCCUCAUGGGGACCACAGAGCCCUAGCUCACACUCUGCAGGAUUCACUGCUUCAGUUGUUCCUCCCCUUUGGACCAGGCGCUGGGUGGGAAAAGCUCAUGUCUAGGAUGUCUGGAGGCUGGGCUUACAGCUGUGGCCACACUGACUUUUUUUCCUGUAAUCUCUGGCCAUGGCUUAUUAAGGCAGAGAAACAGGCUGUCUUUUGCCUUUCAACAGCGCAGAUGAAUCUCUCCCUGAUGAAGAGAGACUUGUGGCAGGACUCUUGAGGUCCUAGAGUCCUUCCACGUUUAACUCUCCAUUCUCCCAAAUGCUUCCUUCCUACCCUACUCUCCCUUUCCCCUUUCCCACGUCUCUGGGUCAUGGCUCUCUCUCCAUCUCUGCAUCUGGUUAAGAAUCUGACCCUCUGUGGCGAGAACAUGGCUUUCGUCCUAGAUGAAGAGGUGGGGGAAGAAUCUGAUCUCUGAUGCUGGGGCAGGGGUCCUUUGAUUUAGUGCGAGUCCCCACCCAGCCUGGCUUGGUUGGCUGGUUGUGCUGGUUGCAUAAUCUGGGCCCUGGGGCCAGCCCUGUGAAGCUGCCAGGGACAGUGUGUGCGAGGCAGAGCUGCCAAACAGGCCUUGCAGACAGCAGCCAUGGGGAAGGGGGGUGGAGGGUUACUCACAGAUGGGCUCCACAGAAAUGUUGGGGAGCUAGCUAGACAUCUGUGGGAAAUCCUUCUGCAGGCUUCUAAAGAAGCCAUUUCUGUCACCCAGAUGCCUCUGCUGACCCUAUGGCUCUGACCCUUACAGCCCAGGAUAACCUUAUCUCCUUUCUCCAGCUUGGGAUUGCCAAGGCUGAGUUGAGCCAGGUGGUGCACAGACAGAGUCCAGGUGCCAGCUGCUCUCUCUCCCACAAGCCACCAAGGAGCCACAGCUUCUCUUUUGGGAUCUUCUAGAAUUAAGCGGCCUGGCAUGUCACCAGGGAGCCGGAUGCCCAUGGCAGGCUUGCAGGUGGGACCCCCUACGGGCUCCCCAUUUGGCACAGCUGCUCCACUUCGACCUGGCAUGCCACCCACCAUGAUGGACCCAUUCCGAAAACGCCUGCUUGUGCCCCAGGCUCAGCCCCCGAUGCCUGCCCAACGCCGGGGGUUAAAGAGGAGGAAGAUGGCAGAUAAGGUUCUACCUCAGCGAAUCCGGGAGCUUGUCCCAGAGUCUCAGGCGUACAUGGAUCUCUUGGCUUUUGAGCGGAAGCUGGAUCAGACCAUUGCUCGCAAGCGGAUGGAGAUCCAGGAGGCCAUCAAAAAGCCUCUGACGCAAAAACGAAAGCUGCGGAUCUAUAUUUCCAAUACGUUCAGUCCCAGCAAGGCAGAAGGUGACAGUGCAGGAACCACAGGGACCCCUGGAGGAACCCCAGCAGGGGACAAGGUGGCUUCCUGGGAACUCCGAGUGGAGGGAAAACUGCUGGAUGAUCCUAGCAAACAGAAGAGGAAGUUCUCUUCAUUCUUUAAGAGCCUUGUCAUUGAACUGGACAAGGAACUGUACGGGCCUGACAACCACCUGGUGGAGUGGCACCGGAUGCCCACCACCCAGGAGACAGAUGGCUUCCAGGUGAAACGGCCUGGAGACCUCAACGUUAAGUGCACCCUCCUGCUCAUGCUGGAUCAUCAGCCUCCCCAGUACAAGUUGGACCCCCGACUGGCAAGGCUGCUGGGAGUGCACACACAGACGAGGGCUGCCAUCAUGCAGGCCCUGUGGCUUUACAUCAAACACAACCAGCUGCAGGACGGGCACGAGCGCGAGUACAUCAACUGCAACCGUUACUUCCGCCAGAUCUUCAGUUGUGGCCGACUCCGUUUCUCCGAGAUUCCAAUAAAGCUGGCUGGGUUGCUGCAGCAUCCAGACCCCAUUGUCAUCAACCAUGUCAUUAGCGUGGACCCUAACGACCAGAAGAAGACAGCCUGUUAUGACAUCGAUGUGGAGGUGGAUGACCCACUCAAGGCCCAGAUGAGCAAUUUUCUGGCCUCUACCACCAAUCAGCAGGAGAUUGCCGCUCUCGAUGUCAAGAUCCAUGAAACCAUUGAGUCCAUCAACCAGCUGAAGACUCAGAGGGAUUUCAUGCUCAGCUUUAGCACUGACCCCCAGGACUUCAUCCAGGAAUGGCUCCGUUCCCAGCGCCGAGACCUCAAGAUCAUCACUGAUGUGAUUGGGAAUCCUGAGGAGGAGAGACGAGCUGCUUUCUACCACCAGCCCUGGGCCCAGGAAGCAGUGGGGAGGCACAUCUUUGCCAAGGUGCAGCAGCGACGGCAGGAACUGGAACAGGUGCUUGGAAUUCGCCUGACCUAACUGCUCAGGGAUCUUUCUUCCCAGCCCUGGAGCCAUCCCCUUCUCAGCCUGAGAGGGACCACCACCUGGGGCCACGGACACGUAGGAUAAGGAUGGGGUGAAGGGCAGCUCCUGUCACCCUCCACUCCCCAGCUUUAGUUUCUUAAAUGUAGUGAUAGGAUUCCUUGUUGCUUGGUCCCCAAAGCCUUAUUACUUUACGCGUUGGCUUUAAUUGGGUUCACAGCAGAUGCCUCCUCUGCCCCCUGCAGGCAGGCCUGAGUAGGACUGCUGGAAGCCAUGCUUUGACAUUGUAACCCAGACGUUUCAGAACCAAAGGCCCCAGGCUUUGCUUGUUUACAGACUCCCCCUUGGGGUGAGUGUCUGAGCUGGCUCUGGGGAGCUAGGUGAGGAAGAGAGGCCCAGUUCACAUUCCUCCUAGCCUUUCUAAACCAAAGUUCUUUGCCAUUCCUACCAGCCCAGCCUUGCUGCUGGGUUUUUUUCUUUCUUUUGGGUAUUUGCACUAUUUGGGGAGCAGGUUUUUUCUAUGCGGGAGCCACUUUUUUGUACAGGGGGUAAGCUGGGGUUUUUCAGGGAGCCCUAUUUGGUGCUUCCUUCCUUAUGUUCUUUCCUCAAUCUAUGCAAGCGGCUCUGGCGGCCGCCAUCAUCUCCUGGGAUGCCAGAGGGCUGCCACCCAGCUCUUGGGCCCAGGGUGGUAAAGCCUCCCAGAGGAAGGGGUUGUUCGAGUUCUCUGGCAUGGCCCGAAGUACGGGUGUGCGUGCCAGGUGUGGAGGGCAGGGGGAGGUGGGGGAGAACUCUUCUUACCCUUUGGAGCUUGGUAAGGAGGGUGGGCCUAGGGCUUGGCAAGUGCCACUUCUGGCAGGUUUGGAAAUUUCCAAAUAAAUCCUUGUUUAUUGGUGGUA